UAUGAAUUCUCGGUAGAAUCCAGGGUGGCCCUAGCCUCUCCAGUUGAGGCGGAGUAUGGUCAAAUGUUAGCUGUGACGGCCAUGCAACAUCCACGCGUCCACACGUCAUUCAACGACGAUGUUGGCUGGACACUUGUAGCCCAACUCCUUUCCCUUCAGAUGGAGAGACAUGGCGUCGGGGUCGGUGAGUAUUCUGGAACUGGCCCGGUAACAGCGAGUUUAUUGAGAAGCGGCGUUGGGAGCCCGUUAACAGGCUGUUUCAUUCGUUUGUAUGCUCUUUCUGUGCUCUUCCUCGCCACCGCCGGACCUACGCUCGCCUCGAGCUGGUUUGGCGCCGACGAGAAGAAACCGUGGACUCAGGAGCAGCUAGACAAGGCCCAAAAGGUCUAUGGUGAAUACAAGGACGAGGCCUUUGACUCAUGGACGGAGAGUCGGCUGAGGCAGUUCUUGCUCGACCAGGGCGUCAUCGAGCCCAAGGGCACGCGAGAACAACUCGCACAAAUGGCUAGAAAUCAUGCGUCGGCGAGUGCUUCGACGGCCAUUUAUGGAGACAGCUACUACCAGGCGACCCAGUCCGCCUCGUCUGCAGCCACCAAGGCCACCGAAUACGUAAAAGAUAGUCUGGACGACACCAGAGAUUAUAUUUAUUCGACAUGGGACGACAACCAACUCCGCACCUAUCUCGAAUCCAAGGGUAUCAUUCGCACCCACGCUCAAGUCACUCGCGACGAGAUGUUGGCCAAGAUGAGGGAAGCCUAUGCAUCCGCUUCGGAUCCCGUCUAUGCCGCUUGGAGCGAUAGCUACAUUCGUCGAUGGUUGAUUGAUCACAACAUCGUCUCAGAACCUCCCAGCACUCGCGACAAACUUCUUGCCACUAUGAACAAGUAUUACUAUGACAGCAAGGACUACGUCUGGUCUUCUUGGACCGAUAGCGAUCUCCACGACUGGCUCGUCCAACACAACGUCAUCAAGUCGGAAGCUCAAGUCAAGCGUGACAAGAUGCUCAAGAUGGUUCAGGACAACUACCUCUCUGCCACCAACACCUUCUGGGACGCCUGGACCGAAUCUGAACUCCGCGCCUGGUUGAUCGAGCACGGCUACAUGCGCACCGACGCCCAAGUCAAGCGUGACGAACUAGUCGCUCUCGCCAACUCCAAGUACACCCAUGCUGCUAACAGGUCCGCCGAGUACCUCACAUGGCCCGACGCACGUCUCCGUGCCUAUCUCCGCAUGCACGGUCUCCCCGAAUCACAAUUACCCACCACUCGCCCUGGUCUCCUCCACGAAGUCCGCAUCCGCUACGUCAUUGCCCAAACCAAGAUCGACAAUCUCCUCCAAAGCAUCAAGGAUGCCGUUUAUGGAUCUGUAGAGACGGCCGAGGAAAAGUUGAACAAUGUCUUGCACAUGCUUACGGGCGCGAAGGAGAGUGCAAAGGGUGAGGCCGAGGCAAAGAAGCGCCAGGCCUAUAGUGCUGCAGAUAAGGCAGCCAAGGAUGCUCAGGUUAAAGCUGAAGAGUUGAAGGCUGAGGCUAAGAAGCUCAAGUCGGAACUCUAA